AUGUAUUCUGAUACAUUCACAUUUAGAAAGUAAAUUAGUAUUACAAUAAUGUAGACAUGAAUGGUAGAAGCAUGGAGCAUGUCAUCCAGACAAUCUUACUUAAAAUGGCUAUAUGUCAAGAGUUGGAAAUCUUAAUAAUGAAUAUAAUUAAUAUAAGAUAUUAGCAUCAGCAGGAAUCUAUCCCGAUGACGAUAGAUAAUUAACGGAUGCUGAAGUUAGAGCAGCAUUUACAAAAGUAUAAGGAAUAUCAACAGCAAUGACAUAUUUUGUAGAAUCAUUAAAGAAAUUAAUAAUUUAAUAGUUAAAUUUAUAAUACAUGUUAAAAAAGAUUGUAAAUUACAAUAAUUAAUUUAGCCGCAACUGGCAAAUUUUAUAUUGCUGAAUUAAGAACUUGUUUCACUUAAGCCAUGAAGCCUAGAACUUGUGAUUGUAGUAAACCUGUUAGUGCAUUUGUAACUUGUGGAAAAACAUUCUAUAAUCCAACUUUUCUACUAUCUGUGGAUGAAUAAAUUCAAUUUGAAGAGAUUCCUGACUAGAGUCAUAGUUUCUUAAAGUGA